AUGGACGUUUCAGAUUUGAGUGCAAGUUCAAUGGAGUACGAAAGCGGAAAUACAGAUGAAGAGGAAUUCAAUAUUUCGUCUGCCAACUAUAAUGCACCUCCUGAAGAUGAACAAAGUUGUGGAGACGAUGAUGUCGACGAAAGUAUGGAUGCAGAUGGUGUUGAUGUAGAAGAUGAUAAUGUAGAGCAAGAAGAAGAUGUUGACACUGAUAAUAUUCAGAGUGAUGUUGUGGAGGAGCCAACUGAUGACGAGAGAUUGGACUGUGGUUUUGUUGAUGAGGUCUUAGUUGGCGAUAAUUCUUCUUACGACUAUUACGGUGAUUCAGACUUGGAGACUAUAGAAGAACCUGUUAGAAGAAGACAUGUAAGAUUUAUGAAUUUAUUCGUUGUGAAUUCAGUUGGUAAGAAAAAGAAUGGAUCAGAGGAUGAAGAUGAGAGUGAUACAGAAGAUAAGAGAAAGUUUUACUGGGAAGUAAUGGAGAAGACCUUUGUGUCUGAGGCAGCUGCUUAUACUUUUUAUAAUGGAUAUGCUCGACAAGAGGGAUUCAGUGUAAGAAAGUUCAAGUUCAAAGAGACUAAGGGUGCUAACAAAAUAGUUCGCAGAAGGCGGCAUGUUGCGCAUAUGUUUGGAGGUCAGGAUGAUGAAUGA